AUGACCCCUCUUCACAAGCUGGGCCCAAGAGACAGCGAUGUCGUACAUUGGGUAAUAGAGGCGCCUCCGAACGUUUUGGCAAAAAUAGAGAAUAAAUCUAUAUAUAUAGGCAUGACCCGCUGCCGGUGCAAGGUGCACAGCUCCAGCCCGCAAUGCUACAACUGCCAACAAUAUGGACACACAGCCCUGAGAUGUGAACAAAAGUCACCCACGUGCAGAAAAUGUGCAGGUGCGCACGAUUCCCGCACGUGCAAAGCGGAAGAAGUGAGAUGCGCAAACUGUAAAGGCCCUCACAAGGCUUCUAGCGCAACAUGUAAGGAAAGGGGUCAGGUAAAGAGAAGCCUCCUUAGGCGCACAGACUUCGGUACUAAAUGA